GGAAGGUGAUUAUAUAUGCGAAUAUCAUUGGGCAGGUGACGGCCAUGGCGCGGGUGCUUGGGUGCGAGGCAUAUUACAGCGAGCAGUUGGACAAGGCUGGGGUGCUGGCGCGGUUCAUGGGGCCAGCCCAGUGAUCGCCGCCACCAGCGCGUUGGGCAUGGGGGUGGACAUCCCCAAUAUCCGCAGCAUCAUCCAUAUUGGGACCCCCCGGACAUUACUGGAUUACGCGCAGGAGAGUGGCUGGGCUGGGUGAGAUGGACAGCGCAGUGAGGCAAUCAUUAUCUAGCCAGCUGGGUGGGAUACCCCAGCUCCAUGGAUGGAGGGCGUCGCCCCUGAGGACCAGGAGCGGGUUGCUGAGUAUAUGGGGGUGGUGGAAGGCAUUGGGUGCCGCUGGGUUGUGUUAGAUCAGUAUUUGGAUGGAGUGGUGGAUGGGUAUCAGCGGCGGUAUUGCCAGGAUGCGGAUCCUGGGGAGCAGAUAUGUGAUGGGUGUGAUCCCAAUUGGGCAGAGCUGGAGGUGGAUCCAGCCAGGGUUGGUAGCAGCCUAGUGCUGGGUGAGGCAGCCCCAGAGGCCCCAUGUGAGGCAGGCAGCGAGGCAGGCAGCGAGGCAGGCAGCGAGGCAGGCAGCGAGGCAGGCAGCGAGGCAGGCAGUGAGGCAGGCAGUGAGGCAGGCAGUGAGGCAGGGAGAGAGGCAGGGAGAGAGGUAGGGAGAGAGGUAGUCAGAGAGGCCCCAUGCCAGGCAGGUAGCAUGGUAGCAAGAGAGGCAGCCAGAGAGGCACCAUACAGGGUGACCCCACCAUCAGGCAGUCCCACCCCAUCCAAUGAGUCAUUUUGCAGCCAGCCAUCCAUUCCCAUGGCAGUAUGGCACGCCCAGCAGGCGCAGGCCCAGCAGUGGGCCGCCAUGGAUAUCCAGCAGCAGCAGCAUCGGACCCAGCAGGGUUUGGAUGAGGAGAUGGCCCAGGCUGAAUGCAUGCAGUGGCAGGACCAAUGUUAUAUAUGCGCCAUGCAGGGGGGUGAUGGUGGCCAUGAGUUAUAUGCAUGUCAUCAGCCCCACAGCCAGGCCGCACGGGCAUGGAUGAUCUGCGUGCGUCGGCAAGUGCAAUACGCGCCAUAUAGCGCGUGUUAUUCAUGCGGUAUGCCCCAAUCCAUAUGCCAUGGGUGGGAGCCAGGCCACGCAUGCGAAUACUGUGGGUUUUUGAUCCCCAUGGUGGCCAUGAUGUUAUUCGGGCCAUGGCAGGGCCAGAUCGAGCCCGUAUGGCAGCGCUGGUUGCAGGGAAUGGGGGUUGAUGGGUAG